AUGGAGACACAGGAGCAGGAUGACCUUAAAGGUGACCUACGGGACAAUGUCAACAUGUUUGGCUGUGAGGUGACACCUCUGCCAGAGCACCUGACUGAAAUCCACAAGGAUAUUGGAAACCAGAUGGAAUCAUCUAUGAAAUCCUUCACCUUAGGAUUUGUUCAUCAUUUGAAGGCUUUUAAAGUUUUCUUGGAAUGCUCCACUGAAUAUAUGUGCAUGGAAAAAUUCAUUGAUGAGAAUCUGCCAGACAUAAUAGUCAGCAUUGGUAAAAAAGGAGGCUCCAGUCUUAAUGUCCUGGGGGUAGGAAGUGGUUCAGGUAGUAAAAUAGACUUUGAAAUACUUUGCAAAAUUCAGUCCAAAUGUCCAGGCCUUUCAAUUCAUAAUGAAGUGGUGGAGCCUAAUCCUGAACAAGUCUCCAGCUACAAAGGGAACCAGAUGCGCUCAGAAGAAUCUGAAAAGCAAAACAAGGAGAGAAAUGAAAACAAAAAGUUUGAUUUCAUUCACAUGAUCCAGAUGUUGUAUUUUGUGGAAAGUAUGCAUGAUACCAUUAAGUACUUCCAUAGCCUUCUGGAAACUAAUGGCAAAUUUCUCAUAAUCACCGUUUCAGAUAACAGUGGAUGGCGUCCACUUUGGAAAAGAUUUGGAUCCCGCUUUCCCAGCAAUAGUCUUUUCCUUGAUGUCUGUAAAACUCUUGAUGAAAUGGGAAUGAAGUGCCAGAUCUAUGAACUUCCCUCUGACAUAAAUGUUACAGAGUGUUUCAUUGAAGGAAAUGAAAUUGGCGAACUUCUGUUGGACUUCCUUACAGGAACAGUACACUUCAGGGAAACUGCCCCAGCGGAUCUGAAGACUGAAGUUCUUCAAUAUCUAUAUCAGCAUCAGUGCUCAAGAGAGGAAAAUGGGAAAAUUAUUUUCAACAAUAAUUUGCAUGCAAUAGUGAUUGAUUAUUGA